AGUUAUAAUAGAUGCUCGUGACACGCAUUUCGACAGGCAUUCUUUCUGCACGACCCCACGACUCCCGCUGAAAACACGACGCAGAUCUUUCUGCACUCUGAACGCUAGGCACAUUUUCUCUACACGUACCUGGCGCAUUUCUCGCUGUGAUUAUCCAGGCUUGCAGCUUGCAACAGGAGACCAGCGGCAUGCCUCCCGCAAGCCCUUGCCCGGGGCUGGACGGGUGCAUGGCACCCUCCACCUCCACACCCGUGUCCAUGGGCACCACCAUUAUCGCUGUAACCUUCAACGGUGGAGUCAUUCUGGCCGCUGACUCGCGCACUUCCACCGGCAACUAUAUUGCUAACCGUGUGACGGACAAGAUUACGCCACUGUGCGAUAACGUGUACACGCUACGCUCCGGUUCAGCAGCGGACACCCAAGCCAUUGCGGGCUAUGUACAACACUUCAUCGCCCAGCAUCAGGCAGAAGAGGGCGAGCACAUCAACGUGAAGACGGCCGCGAACUUGGUCAAGAUGAUGGCCUACAACAACAAAGACAACCUGCAGGCCGGACUCAUCGUGGCGGGGUACGACAAGCACGGAGGCGGGCAGGUGUUCUCUAUCUCGCUGGGUGGCACCAUCACGGAGACGUCUUUCGCGAUGAGCGGCUCGGGCUCCACCUACAUCAACGGCUUCGUGGACAAGUACUGGCGCGAGGGCAUGUCGGAGCAGGAGGCCAUGGACUUUGUGACCAAGGCGCUCAGGUACGCCAUGACCUGGGACGCCAGCUCGGGCGGCUGCAUGCGCACCGUGACAAUCACUGCCAGCGGCGUGAAGCGCACCUUCAUCCCCGGCAGUGACAUCCCGCCCACCUACGGCGAGCUGCCGUUCCCCACCGCGCCUGUCCGGGCAUGAUGGGCGUGUGCAUGUGCUGUGGUGUGCAAGGCAUGAUGUAGGCGGAGAUGGUAGCGUUAGGGGUGGCAAUGACUAGCGCAACGGAUAUUUUGUUGUAUGGUCGAGGAUAGCGGCGGGUUUGGUGAUUCUGUAAGCGGCUGUGAUGGCAGGAAGGUUACAAACAUACAGAAGCAAAUCCAUCAACCGCGUACGGCUCUGCGAGGGCAUCUUGCCUUGGUAGGCAUCCGCUUCCAGGUUAAGUCACGAAGCAAGAGCGUGUGGCUGGCAGGUGGACGAGGACACGGGAACCGAGGUGAGAGCCACGUGAGAGUUUACCUGUUCACGCAACUCCGUGGACCAGUGCUGCCAGUGCUAUUGAUGUAUAUUCAGGGUAGAUGUACGAGCGGGAGGCCACUUGCGCAACUAGCACAAGGACCGUGCAGUGCACUGUUGUGAAAUGUAAAUCAUGCCAACCGCCGAACGGUUGUCGUGUGCUGUGCCAUGCGACGACUGAACUCUUGCAUGCUCUGGUUGCAGAGGUCACCCGGCGAUGGCAAGGCGUGUUGCUACAUUGUGU